CAUCAGUCCGAUGUCAUGUUGUAUGAUAUGGAGAAACACAUUUGUUUAUAUUUUUAGAUAUUUAGUUAGUUACUUCACUGACUUACAAGUACUCAUCAAUGAUGUUUACAGGUUUACAGAUCGUGCUUGCACUACAGGGUUAUUUUAAGUCCUCUCUACCACAAGGUUUAGUGGUUAAAUCGCGAAAUGAAUGCAUCACCAAGUGCUACAUCAACGCCACUUGUUCCUCUGCAUUUUACCAGACCUCCUCCAAGACGUGCUACCUGUCAGACGCAGUUUACACCAAGGAUGAUCUCCAGGUUUCAGCAGACAUGCAGUAUCUGGUGUGGAAACGAGAUGGCUGUGGUAAUGGGUACAGCUGGAAUCGGACACUCGAUCUGUGCUAUAAGGUCCACACAGACUCGCACAAAUCAUGGACGGAUGCAGAAAACGCAUGUAUUCAAGAUGGCGGACAUCUUCUUAAAGUUGACAACCCCGAAACAAAUCUACUGAUGAACCACUUUGCUUUGAAAAAGAAUGCGCAUCUCUGGAUUGGCGGCACUGAUAUACAAGAAGAGGGAAGGUGGUUGUGGGCAGACAACUCUUCAAUUCAAAGGUUUUGGUGGGAUACCAAUCAAUCGCAAUACGAAGUGAUGCAAGGCUGCCUCCUUAUAUACAACGACGCUAGUCAUCCAUUGAACAAAUGGCGACUGUACCUGGGCUAUUAGUUAUGUGUGUCAGCUGCCAGUGGAGCCAACUCGAUGCUGACUGUUUAUACACAGAGGGACUCGGUUUAAGACUCUGUGCCUGGUGUACAAGUCACACCAUGGUCAAGCUCCAGCAUACCUGCCCAGUCUGCUCCAACGCUACAAACCAGCAAGAUCGCUUCGGUCACAAGCCAAGUGUCGUCUUACAGUUCCAAAUUUCAAGUUAGCAACAUUUGGUGGAAAAUAAGCAAAAUUGUGGAAUGAACUGCCCUCUAAAUAAGGUCAUGCCCCAUCGUUUAAUUUAUUCAGAACUCAGCUCUAGAUCCAUCUUUUCAGACUUGUGAUAUUUAAUUUGUAUACUCUGCACUUGGUGUAUGGUAUUUAGCGCUAUAUAGAGGUAAACAUCGUUAUUAUUAUGUUGUACAGAUUAAAUAUAGUAUGCAGUAUUAUUAGAAGACGUAUGGUGUGUUUUUAUUUAUUAUUGAAAAUUGAAAGAAAUCUAUGUGUAU